UAUAUCUAAAUAAAGCUAGAUUCUAUCAAUUAUCAUCAUUUAUUCCAGCCUGUUCAACAUCACCAGACUUUUCACAAUGGACCAUUAAGCCAUAUAAUCUAAAUACUAUUCUUUCUAAUGAAGUUGAUCCAGAUUCUGAAGACUAUUCUGUGUUUCAAGAUAUAUCUAAUUCAAGAUUCGUGUUUACAACUUUCAAAACAAACGUCAAUUCUAAACAAACCUCAUCACUUGAACUUGCAGAUAAUGAUAAUUUAAUAAAAUCAUUUGCUGAUCUUGAUAAUCAAGACAUAAAUUUCGAAACAAUUCCUCUUGAAACAUUCAAUUAUAGAUUAACAGAUUUAAAUAACACUCAUGAUCGAUCGUCAUCCACAUUCAGUCAAGUCAAAUUGAAUCAUAACUUUGAAAAACAAAGUAAUAAUACAAGCAUUGAAUCCAAAGAGCAUAGAGUUCUAUCAGAAGAUGCAAUGAUUAACCAAAAAUCAGCAGAACCUAAUAAAAAACAAAGCAAUAAUAUUAAGAAGUGA